UUGACGAUUCUUGUCCUACAUCGGACAUGUGUUAACGUAACACCAAAACAAUUAGUUAUAUGUUAUUCUAGAUGUUUUUAAAUUGCAUUUUUUUCGCAUGGAAUUAGUAUCUAAUCACAAGGAAGACAUGCACGAACACGUUUCCUUAAAAUAUGUCAACAUCACCCCGUCAAGAGAUGAAUGCGUCUACACGAGCUGCUACUGUGAGGAAAAUGUAUGGAAACUUUGUGAACACAUCAGUACUCAAACGCAGGUGUCUUUGGACGAGGUUUAUGCAGCCUUUAUAUCAAAUGAACGAAGAAAGGUCCCUAUAUGGAAGCAGAAGUCCAGUCGUGGAUGUGAACCUGUUGUUUGGGAUUAUCACGUUAUUUUACUACAUCAAAAUAAGCAAGGACAGAGUUUUAUUUAUGACCUGGACACGGUCCUACCUUUCCCUUGUCCCUUUGACAUUUACACUAAGGAAGCCUUUCGGACAGACUGUGGUCUUAGACCAGCUUUCUGGAGGAAGUUGCGAGUUAUUCCGGCACAGACCUACCUGAAGAGGUUUUCCUCUGACCGGUCACAUAUGAAAGAUUCGAGUGGGAAGUGGCGCAUGCCCCCACCUCAAUAUCCUUGCAUUACAACAACAGACUCUACAAUGAACCUGGACGACUUCAUCAGUAUGGAUUUGAAAGCGGGAUAUGGCGAAGUAUACAGCCUUUCCGAAUUUGUGGAACACUUUGGGGAGAAAUCGUGAUUGCUGGCUUUAACUACUCAUUAAUAUACUUCAAAGACUGGUGGUGGAGAUUUAACUGUGCCAACUGCCACUGUGCACAUAGACCAGCAAGUAAGAUAAACCGAGAACAGCUACAUCCCAAUGUUCCACUCCUUAUCCCAGUGGAAAGUGUUUUAGCCACUGGGAUAACCAUAAAUAUCAUAAACUAACAUUAUCGGCCAAUUAGAAAACAUUGUACAUGACUCAGCACACCCAAGAAGUGUCCAAGAAGGGAGUCUUAACUGCUUCAUAUACAUAUGAUACAUUAAGAUAUGUCUGGAUAUUGUGUGUAAUUGUUUACUUUCAUGGUAAGAUCACCACAAGGUAAAGAUGUGACAUGUUGGAGUCUCUUUACUUUCUGGCAUUUAUUGAUUUAUUGAUUGGUUGGUUGUCAGAGGGGAAGGUGGUACUGGAAUACAAACAAAUAAAUGCUGUUAUGUUGAAAAUACAGUAGUCAAAUUAUUUUAGCAAUAA